ACAAUUAAACUUUUAGUUUUUAACAUAAAAAAAGAGAGUGUUUUAUUACACCCAAAUAUAUAUAUUAGUAAAAUAUAACUGGGCUCUAUGGUUAAACUUAAAGCCCAAUUCCUCUGUUUUAUAUUUCAUCUCUAACCUAAUAGCGAUGCAACUCAGAAAACCAAUCAUGUUUGUGCCUCACGAAUUGAUCAUUCAAAUCUUACUCAGGUUGCCGGUAAAGUCUCUUAUUCGUUUCAAAUCUGUUUGUAAGUUAUGGUUUUCUCUUAUCUCUCAUGAUUCCCACUUUGCUAAUUCACAUUUUCAACUUAACUCUGAAACACAAAAUCAUAGAAUUCUAUUAAUAUCAACCUCAACUCAUGAAUCUCUAUCCAUCGAUUGUGAAGCAUCGCUUCACAAUGACAGUGCUUCUGUUUCACUCAACCUCGAUUCUAUCUUUCCAGAGGAUUUUACAUGUUAUGAAAUUAACGGCUCAUGCAGAGGCUUCAUACUUUUCCGCUGUUAUUUAAGCAUUUUUAUAUGGAAUCCAUCUACGGGAGGUCACAGACAGAUACCUUUUGGUUCCAAUUUCGAUGCCGAAUAUUCCUUUGGUUUUGGGUAUGACGAAUCAACCGAUGAUUACUUGGUUGUUUCAACGUAUCAGCAUGAUUAUUUAGAAGAUCCUCACUUUGAGUACUUCUCAUUGAAAGCUAAUGCUUGGAAACAAGUUGAGGCUCCUCACUUCCCUUUUGCCAAUAGGUAUAACUUACUGCAUGAGCCCAGAGGUGGGUCUCUCUAUAAGGGAGCUAUUCAUUGGUUGGCUUAUUGUUAUGAUUUAUGCAAUAAUGCUAUUGUUGCAUUUGAUUUAAUUGAAAGGAAACUUUCAUAUAUGCCUUUGCCACAUCCUUUCCAAUGUGGUGUUUUGUGGGUAUAUGGAGAAUUUCUCAGCUUAUAUACUACGGAUUAUAGAAAUCAUACCGUUGAAAUAUGGGUGAUGAAAGAAUACAAAGUGAACUCCUCUUGGACUAUGAUUCUUGUUCUUCCCGUUGAUCUCAUUGUUUGCCCCAAAGCGCUCUUUUUUCCAUUGUGCUGUACAAAAAGAGGUGAUAUUAUUGGGGUAGAUGAAGAAGAUAGAAUGUUCAAGUAUGAUCAAAACGGACAAUUUCUAGAUCUACAUUCUUAUCCUAAUUACGAUCUUAGAUGCAAAGUGACCAUGUAUAUAGAUUCUCUGCUUUCACUCCCUGGUGAUGGUGAUAACAAGCAAACUCGAGAAGAUGACAAAAACAAGAAGAAUGAAGUUGUGAAAUAUUCCCGUUCACUAUUUUCUUGAUAUUUAUAAUGAACUAGAGCAUAACUAAUAAUGUAACAAUGGCUAUGUGUGUAGAGUCUUUGCAGUGAAGUUCUUCUAAAUCAUAUGUUUGAAUGGUUAACUAUUUGUUUAUUGGUAAUAUUGACAGCUUUGUGUGAUUCACUGUUAUUUAUGUAUG